CCCCUGCACCCCGUGAGCUGUGCAAGCCCCGGCGUGUGAGGGGGGACGGGAGAGGAAGUAGUGAAGUUCUUCGGAAAGUUGCGUUUGGGGAAGAGGAUCCAAGGUGCUGGUGUCUUUCCCUGCCUGGAGCCUGAGGUCCCGCGUGCCCAUCCGCCUCCCGACGUCACCAAUGCGACCAUGGGAACUGGCAGUGAAUAGGCGGCCGCCCUCUGCCCCUUUUGCCCAGCGCCAUUUCUCGGGGGGACCCUGCAGCAGCCCCGACCACCUCCGGCGAAGCCCCCCUGCCAGGCGUCAGUGGGGACGACGUGACAGACCUCUGGCAACCCUGCUGGGCCAGGAUGAGCCCCAGCUGCACCCUGCCUUCCCCCAGCAGCCGCACAUCCCUGUAGAUGAGCCCCGUGCCUACGCUCUUCCCAGCACGCCGCCACGAAUGCUUCACCCAGCCGCUCACCCGCCCCACCAGAACCCAUUCAUGGUGGAUCUGCAUGACCAGGUGCACCAGGGACCUGUCCCUCUCUCCUACACGGUUACCACCGUCACGACGCAAGGCUUCCCCAUCCACGCUGGCCAGCACAUCCCUGGGUGCAGCACCCAGCAGCUCCCAGCAUGCUCAGUGAUGUUCAGUGGACAGCACUACCCGCUCUGCUGCCUCCCACCCCCGCUGAUUCAGGCAUGUGCCAUGCAACAGCUUCCCGUCUCCUACCAGACAUUCCCCCCCAUCAUCUCCAGCGACCAUUACAUCCUGCACCCACCCCCGCCGCCAGUGCCCCCUCACCAGCCGCCCCACAUGGCCCCCCUGGGGCAGUUUGUACCUCUCCAAGCCCAGCAUCCACGCAUGCCUCUGCAGAGGAUAGACAAUGACGUGGACCUGCGAGGGGAGCAGCACCCCAUCGCGGGCUUCACGUACCCCCCGUCUCACCACGCCCCCACGCUGUCGCCCUCCAUGCCGCUGCAUUACCUCCCUCACGACCCGCUGCACCAAGAAUUGCCAUUUGGCGUGGUUGGGUUUUGUGGCCCCACACUGACUGUCCCAUCGUUCCCCCCCAGCUCUAUGCUUCCUGUGUCGCCGACAGCCGUGGGGCCCACGAUCAGCCUAGACCUGGAUGUGGAUGAUGUGGAGAUGGAGAAUUACGAGGCACUGCUGAACUUGGCCGAGCGGCUGGGGGAGGCCAAGCCACGGGGACUCACCAAAGCAGACAUCGAGCACCUCCCGUCCUACCGCUUCAACCCCGAGAGCCACCAGUCCGAGCAGACCCUGUGCGUCGUGUGCUUCAGCGACUUUGAGGCCCGACAGCUUCUCCGCGUCCUGCCCUGCAACCACGAGUUCCACGCCAAGUGUGUCGACAAAUGGUUAAAGGCGAACCGCACGUGCCCGAUCUGCCGGGCGGACGCGUCGGAGGUGCAGCGGGAGGCGGACUGAAGCUGGCGGGCGCUGUGCCGCACAAUUCGCUAGAGGACGAGGUCGCCGGGCUGGGGCGAGGGCCGCUGCCCGCUGCUGGGGCCUGACCCUGCGCUUACCCCCCUCCCCAAAGCCUCUCCUCGGAUGUGGUGAGCAUUGAGCAGUCCGGGCUCCCGGCCAGCCCUCCUCCUCCCCGCCGGGGCACGGACUCGGCCGGACACCUGCCCGCUGCGCUCCCAGGGCCCCGAAUCGUGUUGUGCUGGAGGUGGGAGGCGCGUGGCCGUGCCCUUCGUGCUCCAAAGACGCUGUUGUUGCUCCAUCACUUUUCCAGGUCUUUGUACUCCGCUAGGGAAUUAGUGGUUUUUCCCUUUGUCACUAUUUUUUUUUUUAUGAUAGUUUUUUUUUUCCUGUUUCCAUUUUCGUCACGAUUUUGGUUCCGUGGCCGUUUGCCCCAGGGGCGCGCAGGCAACUCCUCCCCUCGGCGUUGCUCGAGGAGGACACAGGGAGGAGAGAGGAGGGAGUGCCGCAGGUUUGAUGCCGGCGGCACCCCGAGCCAAGCUGGAGCGCCGGGACGGCCCCGGGACGUCCAGAGGAGGUGUGGCCAAGGUGGGACACCAGCAACCCUGCGGCAUGGCUGGGGCAGGAAGGCAGGAACGCCUCUGUCCCUGCUCUCACAUGCAGCCCGGCUCAGCCCCUUUCCUGCCUCAGGUGCCCUAGGGAGCCCCAGAGGGUUAUGGCUGCUUGGGGUCUUUCACCAGUGGGAGGACGGUGCUGUCAUGGCCCUGGCCCCUCUCCCUAUUCAUUCCCCCGUGCCUGGCAGCUCCCGGGGCUGAGUCAUGUGGCAUCCCAUGAGGCAGCCAGGCCUGAGGAGG